AUGCUUAGAUACUCGAUCUUCCUUCUCAUACUCGGCGCAUAUGCAGGCCAAGUGCGCUUCCACGCUAAAUCACAUACAGAAGAUUACAAAUUCAACCCACUCCAUCAUCUUCCCGGCAUCUCGCCCUACUUCGAUGCUGUCGGUUCAGGCCUCGACCACGAUGCGCCUCGCGAUUGUGUCGUGACUGCAGCAUCCUACCUCAUUCGACACGCAAGCAUCUACGCAAACGACGCCGACUACGAAGACUACAUUGCGCCCUUCCUUCGAAAACUCGACAACACAAAAGGCAAAGGCUGGACGGGUGAACUUGCCUUUCUAAACAAAUGGACAUCCCCCAUUACAGACCCUGAAACACAACUUGAAGAAAUCACACCACAGGGUAAGCGAGAUGCGAAAGAAGUCGGCAAACAUCUUCUUCACCGCUACGCGCACCUCAUCCCAACAACAAAACACAUUUAUUGUGAUAAAAAAUCACGCACCCGCGAUACGGCUGAUGCGCUCGCCGCUGCCUUCCCAAACAAAGUAUCGGUUCGUGAAAUUGACACUGAAACCUCCUUUCAUGCACAAAUCCCACACAAGUCUUGUCCUGCUUUCAGCAAAUCACCCGGCGAUGCAGAACUCGCUGCGUUCAUUGGUCAUUAUACGCCGCGUGUGAUUGCGCGGUUAGCACAAUUCUCCCCGUCACCUUUGACGUCGAGUGAUAUUAUUGGCAUGCAACAGAUGUGUGGGUAUGAAUCUGCCAUUACAGGUCACACAUCACCGUUGUGUGCGGCUUUUACGGAUGAUGAGUGGAUGGCGUAUGAGUAUGCGUUUGAUAUGAAGUACAGCUACAUGUGCGGCCAUGCAAAUCCACUCAGUCCGUAUUUGGGAUUCCCCUGGCUCAAUACGACGGCUGCAUUGUUUGAGAAAUUGCAUGCACCCCAGCACCAUGACGAUGAGGAUGUGUUUGGUAAGAAGAAGAAGGACCAGCACACUGGACCACAACGCUUCUUCCUCUCCUUCACUCACCGCGAAGUGCCUCCCUUCAUUGCAACGGCUUUGGGUCUCUUCAACUCCUCCAAUGCGCAAGCUGAAGAAUUUCCAACAGAUCGGAUUAAUUGGUCACGUUCAUGGCGAAUGACAGAAUUGAUCCCCUUCUUGGGACACAUUGGCAUUGAGAAGCUGACUUGUGCGCGUCACACACCGCAUACGAUGGAUGGUGAAACAGGUCCACCAGGUGAUGCGCCAACGACGGAAGAGUAUAUUCGCAUCAUUGCAAAUAGCGCACCACGACCUAUACCGAAUUGUCAAAAUGGGCCUGGUGCGAGUUGUUCGGUGGAUGCAUUCACGGCGCUGGUGGCAGAGGGAAUGAAGACGUAUGGUGAUUUCCACAAGGUCUGUGGUAAUAGCAGCAAGUACUAG